UAUAUACUAUUAUAAUGGGGUACAUGUGCAAGUCUAGCGCCAUCUACUGAUACAAUUUAUUUAUUAUUAUUUUUAUACUUUAAAAUAUAUCUAAAUUUGGUACUCAUACCACUCUAUUUUUGAACUCUUAAAUAGGCAUCACUCAGGCAGCUUGCUUUGCUGGGCCCCCUGCCCACCUGCCCGGCCCACGCUCCCUGGCUGUAUUUGGAUUCCUUCCCACUCACACUGUGAGUUCCUGUAGGCCACUCAUAAGGGGCAUUUCUGAGGACUCUCGUGUGGGGGUACAGACCACCCGUAUGGAGACAAGUUAUCAGGGAUCCUCAGGACUUUAAUUCUACUCUGGUCCAAAUAAAACUGAGAAACACAACCUUUUGCAUCAUAUACCUUUUCCUCCGAAGAAGACUCACAUGCAAGGGUCGAAACGCGUCAGGAACAUUUUGACUUAAAGAUCAGCCAAUCAUGUUGAUCAAUGUCAUGCAACUUUGAUGCUUUAUCAUCAUAUGUAUGUGUUCUCAAUGUUUAAACUGUACCAGAGCUCAUUGUUUUAUAAUCAAACUUGUUCUACUUGCUAAAAUAAAUAUCUUUUCUACCUUUUUUACAAAUAUUGGUACGUCUUUGUAAUUUCCCACAACAAGCAACAACAAUUGCUGCCUAAAAACCCCACUGGGGAAACUGUCCUUUUCUUUAUUAUCUAUUUAGGGGUGAGCAGCACUUUCCCCCAUCCCAUUGUGUCCUUAUCCUUUUUUUCAUAUAUUUUCUCGGUGGCUAAACACCUAUUCUUCCCCACAUGGACACAGGAAAGUAUAACCUAUGAGCUCUGGCACUGUGCAACUGUAUUUAACAUAUGUUUGUUUGUUGUUUUAUGGUUUUGAAUAACUAGAAGUGUUAACAUGUCCGCCUAUCAAGGUGAUGAAUGGAUGAACUUGAUGCAACAAUAUGAAGCAAAAUUUGAAAAAGGGGAACAGGUCGAUACCCAGAUCUCUUCCCAUUUUCGCAAACUGGGAAAACUCCUAGAAAAGAAGUCGUCUCUGUUCUGGCACAUUAAGUCUUUUGAAAGAUAUACUAGCGCCAAGAUAAACCCUUUUGGUCUUCGCAUACAAAUUUUUCCUCACACUGAACAAGUGGAUACCCCAUUCAAAAAAGAAUGGGAAACCAACUUACAGUUAUGCUCUCAAGAGAUGAUGAAUAUCCUAUCUCGGGAAUACACUAGACAAAUUGCUGUAGUGGAUACCGAGAUUGGUACUUUGGAGGCUUUGUUGUCUCCCCAUAAAAAACAUGAUGCAUAUAUUAAAUUGCAAACAAUGCUUGAAACUAAUCUGUUAUCUUUUAACAAGAAUAUUCUACAGGAUAAAGAAGUCAAGUUCUGGCGUGAUAAGUCUGCCUUUUCCGAGGAGCGGGCCUAUAAAUGGAACAAUACCUCUGCACAAAUGCAACAUAAAAAAGUCCCACUUUGCAUCAUAUACCUUUUCCUCCGAAGAAGACUCACAUGCAAGGGUCGAAACGCGUCAGGAACAUUUUGACUUAAAGAUCAGCCAAUCAUGUUGAUCAAUGUCAUGCAACUUUGAUGCUUUAUCAUCAUAUGUAUGUGUUCUCAAUGUUUAAACUGUACCAGAGCUCAUUGUUUUAUAAUCAAACUUGUUCUACUUGCUAAAAUAAAUAUCUUUUCUACCUUUUUUACAAA